GUUUACCCCGCCCACCUGUGUGUGCUAUAAUAAAGGCCACAUGAGGCUCAGCGGCUCCACACAGCUGAUUCACUGAAAAAGUGAACAUGGAUGCUAACAUUGUGGUUAUGGGCACAGAAAGCGUUGGAAAAUCAGCGGUCACAGUGCGUCUCUUAACUCGGAGAUUCAUUGGAGAGUACGGAGAUAUCGAGUCCAUCUACAGUCACAGUUUCAUGGUAGAUGGGAGGAGAACCACUCUCAAUAUUUGGGAUUCACCUUGUUCUGAGGAUUUGUCUGUCGAAACGUCACUGUAUGAGAAGAAAGUCCACUGGGCUGACGGCUUCGUUCUCGUCUACAGCAUCUGUGACAGGGCCAGUUUCAACACCGUCAGCAGGCUCAUUCAGACCAUCAAGUCCACCAAAGACUACCUGAACGCAGACAAAGCGCCCAUAGUGGUUGUGGGUAACAAGAGGGACCUGCACCACAGGCGGACAGUGCUGAGCGAGGAGGGUCGUCUCCUGGCUCUCAACACGGGCUGCCACUUCUACGAGGUGUCAGCGGCUGAGAACUACCACAGUGUGCUCAUGAUGUUUCACGGUCUGGUGGGCAGGAUAAAGGGUGCAAAGCUGACCACCAAGAGACCUCUGCGGUUCAAGGGCAUCGUGAAGAGCAUGUCUGCGGUGUUUGCAAGGAGACGGACAGACUCCUUUUAGUAACACCAUAACGGAAGAAGGAGUUGUCUGCGAACUGCAUGAGAGAGGUUACACAUAAUGAGGGUUUUAUCUGAUGGAUAUCACAGUCUGUCAGUGAAAUAUUGCCAGUGACUGUGCCAAAGAUCACAAUGAAAUCCCCUGAAUCAAUCCAACCUUCAAGGUUGGACUGAUGAAAUAAAGUUAUUAGUUAUACAGAUACUCUAUUUAAUAUUCUACAGCCAAAAGGUAUGCAACGUUUAAGAAGGGCUUUAUAUUGGAACAAACACUGUAAAAUCUCAAUGUGCCUUUAUUCAUGAUAAUGACCAAAGAAAAAUGCUCUUCAAUUUACAACAAAAAAAACUUUUGCAUCACAAAAAAAAGUGACUGAAAACGUGUCUUUCCUAAUUAUUUUUCUAAUUCGUGAAAGUUUAACAUGCAUAUACAGUAUGUAUUUAUUCAACAAUAUGUUACCCUUAUUUAUGAGCUGUAUUUUAAUCCCUCUACUACGGACCAUGUGCUGAGAAGUAUUUUUUAUAUAAACCUUGUUUUAUGUCUUAUGAGGAUUUUAAAUAAAGCAAUAAAAGUGAUUUUCAUUUA